CGUCCACUGGGAACCCAAACAACCUUCAAUAAUGCAACUGUCUCCAUCUGCUAUCAGCUAACGGACUGUUAUCGUUUUAAAUUAAUCUCACGGCGAAAAUGCAUAGGGUAUUAUUCGGGAUUAUUCUUUGUGUGGUAACUGGUUGUUGGAUAACAAAUGUAUCGCACGUGGCCGGAACACUCUCGAAGAAAGACAAGAAAAAUAAGAAAGGCUCCGAGCCUAGCCGAGCGGGACGUCCUGAUUCAAAUGUCACAGCACGAGGCUUAGUUGUGGAAAAUCCAAGAACAAGAGAUAUCAUCAAGUUCCACAGCUCAUAUUAUAAAAAUGUAUCAGAAGUAAACUUUAAUGGAGAUGUCCUGGUAUAUGUUGCACCAUGGAACUCUCAUGGUUAUGAUGUAGCAAAAAUAUUUAGCCCAAAAUUUACUUAUGUUUCACCAGUGUGGCUCCAAAUCAAGAGAAGGAAAACUGGUACCUUUUCUGUAGAGGGAGGCCAUGACAUUGAUCAAGGUUGGAUGUCAGACGUUAAAAAAGGAGGAAAUCAUGUUAAGAUUGUUCCCAGAGUAUUGUUUGACCAAUGGACAUUUAAUGACUAUCACAUAAUUUUUUCAAGUGACACUGCACUACAGUCCUUAAUUGACACAAUAGUCUCCUACCUAAAGGGAAAUCAUUUUGAUGGUCUUACUCUAGAAGUGUGGAGUCAGUAUAAUGGUGACACAAAAGAGGACUUGUAUCUUCUGGUCAGUAAAAUGGCUGACUCUCUUCAUAAAGAAAAGCUCAAGAUAAUUUUGGUAAUACCGCCUCCCUUUUAUGCCGGGAAGAAGCCAGGCUCGUUUGAUAAAAAUGACUUUGAAUUAUUAGCGCCAGUCCUGGAUGGUUUUAGUCUGAUGACUUAUGAUUACUCUUCUCAAGGGAGGCCGGGUCCUAAUGCGCCUUUACAAUGGAUGAAAGACUGUGUGCUAACGUUGAGUCCAGAGAAAGGAAAGCAGCGAUCGAAAAUUCUAAUGGGCCUCAACUUCUACGGCCAGGAAUUCGCAGCGACGGGAAGUGGACCUAUUUUAGGAUCAAGAUACAUUGAGGUGUUAACAAAACACAAAACGGAAAAACUUACUUGGGAGAACGGAGUGGCGGAGCAUUCUUUCGCUUUCACUGCUGCUGGGACCCACCACUCUGUGUUUUACCCAACGCUUAAGUCUAUUCAAGUGCGACUGGAUCUUGCCAAGGAACUUGAAGUUGGAAUCUCCAUCUGGGAGAUCGGACAAGGGCUGGACUAUUUUUACGAUUUAUUCUGAAGGCUUAUGUUUACUUCAUUACAUUUUAAGCACCUGUGAACAAUAUAACAGCAACAAAAAUGUAAUAAAUUAUUCAUAUCAGA